GACUCCAUCUGCGUCCCGGCCGUCCACUUUGUACUGGCCUUCCACGACCUGACUUACAGCGUCAAGCGGUCGAGGAGGUCAUUGUACCGGAACCGCGGUGUCGAGGCGAGCGACACGGCCGGGAUGGGUGUUCCUCACGGCGAGGGGGGGAGGAUGAACACGCUGCUCGAUGGCAUCUCCGGGGAGGCGAGGGAAGGAGAGAUCAUGGCCAUGCUCGGGGCGAGCGGUGCCGGCAAAAGCACGCUCAUCGAUGCGCUUGCUAACCGGAUCCAGCGAGGGAGCCUCCGCGGCGCCGUCACACUCAACGGGGACGCCAUCGACAGCCGCCUGCUCAGAGUCAUCUCGGCGUACGUGAUGCAGGACGAUCUGCUCUACCCGAUGCUCACCGUCACCGAGACACUCAUGUACUCAGCAGAGUUUCGUCUCCCACGCUCGCUCUCUGCGUCCAAAAAAAGGAGCCGCGUCGAGGCGCUCAUCGACCAGCUGGGCCUGCGCGCCGCGGCCAACACCAUCAUCGGUGACGAGGGCCGCCGCGGUGUGUCCGGUGGCGAGCGCCGGCGCGUGUCCAUCGGCAUCGACAUCGUCCACGACCCCAUCAUCUUGUUCCUGGACGAGCCCACGUCCGGGCUCGAUUCUACAAGCGCCUUCAUGGUGGUGAAGGUGCUGCAGCGCAUCGCGCGGAGCGGCAGCGUUGUGGUCAUGUCCAUCCACCAGCCCAGCUACCGCAUCCUCGGCCUCCUUGACCGUCUCUUGUUCCUCUCCCGCGGUCGGACGGUGUACUACGGUCCGCCUGCCGCCCUGCCCCGGUUCCUCUCUGAGUUCAUGGGCGAACCGAUCCCUGAGGGGGCGAACCCGGCCGAGUUCGCGCUAGACCACAUACGCGAGCUGGAAGGUUCCCAGGACGGGACCGAGGAGCUCGUCAAGUUUAACAAGUUAUGGCAAGAGAAGCCGCUCGGCAGCAAGGCGUCUCUGUCGCUUAAGGAGGCCGUCGGAUUGAGCAUCGCCCGCGGCAAGCUGGUGUCCGGCGCGGUCGCCACCAGCGCCGCUGCUGCCACGCCAAGGGAGCGGGAGGUGGCGACGCACGCGAACCCAUGGUGGGUGGAGGUGCGGGUGCUGAUGCGGCGAGGAUUCACCAACACGCGGCGCACGCCAGAGCUUUUCCUUUGGCGGCUUGGCGCGGUGCUAGUGACCGCCUUCAUCCUGGCCACCCUUUUCUGGAGGCUAGACGAGACGCAGAAGGGCGCGGAGGAGCGGUUGAGCUUCUUCCUCAUCGGCAUCUCCACUAUGUUCUUCACCAGCGCUGACGCGCUCCCUGUGUUCGUCAGGGACCGCGACAUCUUCCUCCGGGAGACCGCCCACAACGCGUACCGCCGGUCGUCUUACACCCUGUCCAACGCCAUCGUAUGUUUCCCGUCGAUAGUCUUGCUCUCACUGGCCUUCGCGGCCAUCACCUUCUUCGCCGUGGGCUUGGCCGGUGGUGGCGAGGGCUUUGUUUUCUUCGUGCUCAUCGUGUUGGCCUGCUUCUGGGCGGGUAGCGGGUUCGUGACAUUCCUGUCCGGCGUGAUCCCGCAUGUGAUCCUUGGCUACACCGUAGCGGUGGCCCUCCUGGCCAGCUUCAUGCGCUUCAGCGGCUUCUACAUCACGCGCGACCACAUCCCAGAUUACUGGAUAUGGUUCCACUACAUUUCGCUGAUCAAGUACCCGUACGAGGCGGUGAUGCAGAACGAGUUUGGCGCCGACCCAGGCAAGUGCUUCAUGCGAGGGGCGCACAUGUUCGACGGGACGCCCCUGGCCGAACUGCCGAUGGAGUACAUACGGGCCAACUUCAACACCACAUCCUGCAUCACCACAGGGGCGGACAUACUCACCAAGCAGGCCGUGGACCAACUCGGCAAGUGGGGCUGCCUAUGGGCUACUCUCGCGUGGGGGUUUCUCUUUCGGGUCUUCUUCUACCUCACGCUCGUGGUCGGCAGCAACAACAAACGGAGCUGA